AUGCCUAUCGCUCUAUCUCCCCCGACCCGGCCGAGGAACGGCCUGACCAAAUUUACCAACUGCCGUUUGGUCAAAGGCGAUGCUCUGGUCACAGAAGAUCUUUGGGUCAGCUCAUUAACGGGCAAAAUCAUCAACAGUCAAGCAGCUUUCUUUGAUGAGCUGAACCUUCCCGAUGUGACCAUCGAUCUCGGCGGCCGCAUCAUCUCGCCCGGCAUGAUUGAAUGCCAGCUCAACGGCGCUUUCGGCUUCAACUUUUCGACGCUACUCGACGACAUGUCCCAAUACGGCAAAAAGGUCAACGAGGUGAACAAGCUGCUCGUCCAGACCGGUGUCACAUCUUACAUCCCAACAAUUACCAGUCAACGGCCCGAGCUGUACCAAAAGGCCUUACCAUUCCUGGGACCCUCAGGAGCGAAUAGAGACGCACAGGACGGCGCUGAAUCCCUGGGCGCCCACUGCGAAGGACCAUUCCUGAAUCCUACCAAGAACGGAGUUCACAAUGUCGAUGUGCUGAUUGAGGCGGAAUCAUUUGCUGACAUCGAGGCCUGCUAUGGCGCAGAGAACCUGCGACCUCGGCGCGAGGGUGAAACCAUUCCCGUCAAGAUGAUCACGGCUGCUCCGGAGCGCGGACAGAUGAUGAAGCUCAUUCCAGAAAUCGCUUCGCGAGGCAUCAUAUACUCGGUUGGUCACUCCGAAGCCACGUAUGAACAGGCGUCGGAAGCGGUUGGCCAUGGCGCAACCAUGAUCACUCACCUGUUCAAUGCUAUGCGGCCACUACAUCACCGCAACCCUGGCAUCUUUGGUGUUCUGGGCAAGGCCGAGAACUUGGCACGCCCUUACUUCGGCAUCAUUUCUGAUGGUAUUCACCUUCACCCGACGACGAUUAAGAUUGCCUUUAAUGCGCAUCCCGAUGGCUUCAUCCUCGUCACUGAUGCUAUGCACCUUGUCGGUUUGCCGGACGGAGCUUAUCCUUGGACCAACGGCGAUCAGACGUGUAAUAUCGUCAAGAAAGGAUCUACCCUUUUGUUGGAGAAUUCUGACACCAUUGCUGGAAGUUCCAUCACGUUGCUAGAAUGCGUCAACAACUUUCUAGAAUGGUCGGGCACGGGCAUUCCUCAGGCCCUCAGGGCCGUGACGUCGACUCCCGCCGCCAUGCUUGGUUUCCAGGGCAUCAAGGGAUCUUUGGAAGCUGGCGCUGACGCAGACCUCGUCAUCUUUUCCGAAGAGCAAUCCGCCACUGGAUCUGGAUCCAAGCAGCUCGUGCUUGACGAGGUCUGGAAGUUUGGCAGUCUCUUGCACAAGAACAAUAGCACCACGAAAUGA